AUGAGCUCCAUUCAUGAGGUUGUUGCUCUGAUUGAAGAAUUGUAUUCUCCUCAUCCCAAGCAUGAUGUUAAUCAGAUUCAACAGAGUUUACAAUCAAUCCAAAAAUCCGAGCAAGGAUUCCAUCUAGCUACUGAGCUACUGUCCGAUGAGAAGUAUUCAGCGAAUGUCAAGUACUUCGGUGCGUUAACUUUGACAGUGCAACUAAAUACGCUGGGCGAAAGUAACUAUGAAACCCUAUGGAAUGUCUUCAAAUCGAAUUUAAUGUACUUGGCUAAAUUCAGUACACUGAACGUAUCUUCGAGCGGUAGAAUGGAUUUAUCGGAAAUUUUCCGAAACCUGAUUAAUUUAAUGUACCAGUCUACUGAAGGAUCGGAUGGCUACGAUAAUGCUGAAAAGAUCCUGACGAUUUUCGGUAAUAUUUUCGCUAAUGAUCCUCUGCUAAUGAGUUACGAUUUGAGACAAGAAAUUGAGUGCAUUUUUCUAGGUGUAGUAAGACCUGAUUCUGUAACAACAGAUUCAUCGAAUAAAAACUCUUGGAUGUUGCAAUACAUGAAUUAUUUAGUUACCAAUGAAUUGUUUUMGGAAUUGAAAGAAUUGACUAUUUGUAUCGUCGAUUUCUUACAAAUUAAUACCUUAGACGUUUGCAAUAAACUAUUCACAAAUAUUCAAACGAAUAACAACGGUCAAGCUCAAAAUGAAUUUAUCCAAGAAUAUAUCAAAGUUCUUUUGCAAUUAACCAAUUUCCCCUUGACGCCUGUUCUACAGGAAUUCUUUUCUGUAAGAAUGGUUGAUUUUUGGUUGGAUUUAUCUGAUGCUUAUACCAAUUUGGCUACUGAAACUUUGAGGCCAGAUUCCAUUGAAUUAUCUAAACAAAUUUUCCAACAGUUAAUUAAUAUUUACCUACCCAAAAUAUCGUUGAAUGUUAAACAAAGAAUAAUUGAGGAAGAUGGUGAAAAUACCUCCACGAACGAAUUCGAUGAUUUCAGGAACGCUGUUUCUGAUCUUGCCCAAUCCUUAUGGCAGAUUUUGGGAAAUGAUAGUUUAACGAAUGUCCUAAUCAAUGGUAUGGGCCAGAUACCAGCUGCAAGUGAGGAUUCACUCAUCAUCAAGGCUUCUGACACCCUGUUCCAAAUUGAAACGAUGUGUUUUGUGUUGAAUCCUAUAUUGGUUGAUAUGACCUUAUCGGAAAGCCCAUGGAUUAAGAACAUUGUUAGUUCAAAUAAAUUUUUCAACCAAAACAUCAUAUCAGUUUUCCAAACUGGGUUUCAAACUAACGCCAACACAAAAGUUGGCCAAAUUUUGAAGCUUGAUAUUGUAAGAACAAGCACAACGUUAAUCGGUACCUUAGCAGGGUACUUUAAACAAGAGCCUAUCCAAUUGAACCCAUACGUUGAAACAUUAUUUCAAGUUUUGCAUACUUGUACUAAUUUUACUAGUAAGAACGAGCAAGAAAAAAUUUCGAACGAUAAACUCGAGGUUAUGGUAAUCAAGACGGUCUCGACACUAUGUGAAACAUGCCGCGAGGAAUUGACUCCAUAUUUGAUGCAUUUUAUAACUUUUUUGAACUCUGUCAUUAGGCCAGACUCCAAUGUUUCCCAUUUCACUAGAACUAAGUUGGUUAGAUCAAUAGGUUAUGUAGUACAAUGUCAAAUUGCAAAUGGUCCCGAGGAGCAAGCUAAGUAUAUUUUACAGUUGAUAGAUCAGUUAAACGGGUCAAUAGAACAUUGUUUGGCCUCAUCGGCACAGUUGCAGGAGCAGCAAGAUUAUAUUAACUGUUUGUUAUGCUGUAUAUCAGAAUUUGCAACGGCUUUGAUCCAACCUAGCGACAUUAUUGAAAACGAGGCAUUAUUACAAAGACUACCUGAUUUCCAAAAUUUUUGGUCAACCGAUCCCCUACAAAUUCGAUCAAAAGUUUUACAUACUAUUAAUAAAGUUUUGGACAAUCCAAUUUACGGUAAAAAUUCCGCGUUUGUGGAGAUUAGUUGUUUAAUUGUUGGUAAAGGGUCGAAUUUGCCUGACGAUGAACCGUUUUUCCUUAAGUAUAGUAUGUCUGAUGUUAUGAAUUUUGUUUUAAGACACGUCCCCAACUGUGAGAUUGGUACAUCUUUGCCAUAUUUUGUUUACCUACUGGAAAAUCUAGUUUCGGAAUUCAGAACCCAGCUAACAUCGCAAGAGUUUGAUUUCAUGUUCGAAAAGAUUCUUCUAGCUUAUUAUGAUUCGUAUAUUAUCAAUGAUCCGGACCUUUUACAAAUGAUGAUAGGUUUCGUCAAUAACGUUUUGGACGUUAAGCCAGGUUUGGCCAUUGGUAGCAAACAUUGGGCUUCAUUCAUAUUACCUCAAUUUUUGAAAUUAUUACCAUCAAGAGAAAAAUUCACUAUUGUUGCGGUAGCCAAAUUUUGGACCAAGUUGCUCAAUAACAAGAAAUAUAAUCAAGAAGAACUGACGACCGUAAGACAACAAAUUUCCUCUAUGGGACAGGAUCUGGCGUACCAGACUAUGUAUGGUUUGUUCCACACACAAAGGUCAGAUUUGAACAGUUACACGGAUUUGCUAAGAGCUUUGGUAGCUAAGUUCCCAAUUGAGGCAAAAGAUUGGCUGGUCGUUGUCCUGCCUCAAAUAUGUAAUAACCCUGUAGGUCAUGAAAAAUUCAUUAAUAAAUUGCUCAUUACAAGGGGAAGUAGAGCGGCGGGGAAUGUUAUUUUGCAAUGGUGGUUGGACUGUAGUACGCUUCCAAAUUAUCAAGCAUAA